GUGUCGUACAUUUUGCAGACUCACCAUGGCGUUGAAAGAGACCGCGGGGCUGUACGAGACUCUUAAAGCUGAGUGGAACAAGAAAAACCCGAACCUGAAUAAAUGUGGGGACCUUCUGAUCAAGCUAAAGGUUUCCCUACUGGAGUUGAAUUUUUUACCUACUAGUGGAUCUGCACUCACCAAGCAGCAGCUUAUUUUAGCUCGUGAUGUCCUAGAGAUCGGAGCCCUGUGGAGCAUCCUGAAGAAAGACAUCCCAUCAUUUGAGAGAUACAUGGCUCAGCUGAAAUGUUACUACUUUGAUUACAAAGAGGAACUACCUGACGCUGCCUACAUGCACCAGUUGCUUGGACUGAACCUGCUCUUCCUCCUCUCUCAGAACCGUCUGUCUGAGUUUCACACAGAACUCGAGAGGCUGAGUGCGCGAGAUAUUCAGACCAACGUGUACAUAAAACAUCCUGUCUCUCUAGAACAGUACUUGAUGGAGGGAAGCUACAACAAGGUAUUCCUUGCAAAAGGAAACAUCCCUGCUGAGAGUUACACCUUUUUUAUAGAUAUUCUGCUGGACACCAUUCGUGAUGAGAUUGCUGGUUGCAUAGAAAAAGCAUAUGAGCAGAUAUUGUUCACCGAAGCUACCAGAGUGCUCUUCUUCAACUCGCCUGCAAAGAUGACAGAGUACGCCAAAAAGAGAGGCUGGACUCAAAACUCAGAUGGCUGCUAUACCUUCACCAGUCAGCACCAGCGGACAGAAGAAGUGACCAUACCCUCCACAGAGCUGGCAGAGCAGGUCAUCGAAUACGCACGACACCUGGAAAUGAUUGUGUAAUCCGCCCCCAGGAACACUCAGCCAUGCAGAGACGUGCUCGGAUAAACACGCCACGUGUCCGGCUACAUCCAGUCAGCCCAGACAGUUCCACCCAGGGAUGCACAUUUUUCAGAGUUCCCUCACGAUUAGUCCUUAAAUAUAUCUGCAGAUCCCUCUGGUUUGUCAAUUGGAACCAAACUAAAACAAAUUGCAUUCAAACUAAUAACUGUUAUUGGGGUUAUUCUCUGGAGGAAAAUGCUAUUUUCUCUUACACAUAUAUAGGGUUAUUAGUUAAAGCUGUCAUUCUGGGUCAGUCAGCACAAAUCAACAUUCUUUGGAUUUAUUCAGUCCAGAAUGACUGUAAAAAAAAAAAUGUUGUUUUUCUUUAGUUCCCCACAGAAAUAGUUGCCAUUUUAGUUUGUUUUCUACGCAGGAAUGUCACUUCUUCCCUGUAAGGUUUGUAUGAUGACAGAAUUUUUUUGUUUGCAAUAAACUGUUCAGG